CACCCUUGCACCCUGUCUCAGUGUGGUGCUCCAACGCAGGCGAACAACAUGGGGAAAAGUUGGCCCAUCAGUAAACCUCUUGUGAUAGUUGCUAUCAUCUUGUUUGCAGGGGCCCUGGCUACUAUCAUAGCUCUGUCUGUUCUUUACUCCCAGGAAAAGGCUAAAAAUAAUAAUGAUGUCUUGCCAACAGAUGGAGGAACAACAUCCAACCCCCCCAUCACACCUGCCCCGUCCAAUGAACCUUGGGACAAGUACCGGCUGCCCAAGAGCCUGGUGCCAAACUACUAUAACAUCACCCUGUGGCCGCGACUCACUCCAGAUGUGACAACUGGACUCUACAUCUUUACUGGUGAGUCCAGUGUGGAGUUUGAGUGUCGUGAGGAGACUGACCUGAUUCUUAUCCACUCCAAUAAGCUGAACUACACCAAAUUUGAGAAUGACCACUUGGCAAGUCUCAUCUCAGUCACUGGAGUCAAAGCCCCUUCAAUCAAGUCUUCCUGGCUCCAGAAUGUGACCCAGUACUUGGUCCUGCAGCUAGAUGGUAAACUGAUGAAGGGCCACAGGUACCACCUCAACACUAAAUUUACUGGAGAGCUGGCUGAUGACCUGGGAGGCUUCUAUAGGAGUGAAUACAUGGAGAAUGGAGUGAAAAAGGUUGUUGCUACAACUCAGAUGCAGCCGACAGAUGCUAGGAAGGCUUUCCCCUGUUUUGACGAGCCAGCUAUGAAAGCUAUUUUCUUCAUCACUCUGAUCCACGACCGUGGAACUGUAGCCCUGUCCAAUGGCGAAGAAAAAGAAUCAAGCAGCGUUACCAUUGAGGGUCAUGAUGUGCAGAAGACAGUUUUUGAACCAACUAAGAAAAUGUCCACCUAUGUGUUGGCGUUCAUUGUCAGUGACUUUAGCUUCAUCAAUAGCACCAUUGAUGGAGUUUUGAUCCGUGUCUUCGCCCGGAAGCCUGCUAUUGAUGCUGGGCAGGGAGAGUAUGCCCUUAACAAAACUGGACCCAUUCUUAAGUUCUUUGAGAAGUAUUACAAUUCCAGUUACCCUCUACCCAAGUCUGAUCAGAUAGCUCUGCCAGACUUUAAUGCUGGAGCCAUGGAGAACUGGGGUCUGAUCACAUACAGAGAGACAGCACUGCUCUAUGAUGAAGUGUUCUCCUCCAACUCCAACAAGGAAAGGAUUGCUACCAUCAUUGCUCAUGAACUGGCUCACAUGUGGUUUGGUAAUCUGGUGACCGUGAGGUGGUGGAAUGACUUGUGGCUGAAUGAAGGCUUUGCUUCCUAUGUUGAGUACCUGGGAGCACACGAGGCUGAACCCGACUGGAACGUGAAAGACCUCAUCGUGCUCAGUGAUGUCCACAGGGUGUUUGCCAUCGAUGCCCUGGCCUCUUCCCACCCUUUGUCCUCUAGAGAAGAGGACAUCCAGAAACCAGCACAAAUCAGUGAGCUGUUUGAUGCCAUCUCAUACAGCAAGGGAGCAUCUGUUCUGAGGAUGUUGUCGGAUUUCCUAACUGAAGAAGUCUUCACAAUGGGACUCAGGACCUACUUGGCUGAAUUUGCGUUUGGGAAUGCAGUCUACACAGACUUAUGGAAGCAUCUGCAAAUGGCUGUUGAUGCUAAUAAAACUAAACUUCCGGAGCCUGUCAAUAACAUCAUGAACACCUGGGUGCUGCAGAUGGGCUUUCCUGUGGUUACCAUAAAUACCAGCACUGGGGUGGUAUCCCAGAAGCACUUUCUCUUGGAUCCAGACUCUGAUGUCACUGCUCCAUCUCCCUACAACUAUGAAUGGAUUGUUCCAAUCAAGUGGAUGAAGACUCGAGCCAUACAGGCACCAGAGUGGCUGAAGGAUAAAUCAGCCACAAUUAAUGCGAUGCAGGCAUCAGGGACUGACUGGGUGCUUGCCAACCUCAAUGUGGUGGGUUACUACAGAGUCAACUAUGACCAGGGCAACUGGGAAAGACUCCUAAAUGUUCUGAACACCAAUCAUAAGCUUAUUCCAGUGAUCAACAGAGCUCAGUUGGUGGAUGAUGCCUUCAACUUGGCCAGAGCAAAGAUCAUCCCUACAGUGCUGGCCCUCAAUACCACCAACUACCUGAACAAAGAAAUAGAAUAUAUGCCCUGGGAGUCGGCCCUGAGCAACCUGGACUUCUUCUACCUCAUGUUUGACCGCAGCGAGGUUUAUGGUCCCAUGCAGGAUUACCUGAGGAAACAGGUCACCCCUCUGUUUGAAUACUACAAGUCCAUGACUGGCAACUGGAGCAAUGUACCUGUUGGACACAUGGACCAGUAUAAUCAGGUGAAUGCUAUCAGCCUGGCUUGCAGGACAGGCCUCGAGGAAUGCCAAAAUCUGGCCAAGGCAUGGUUCAAUGAAUGGAUGGACACUAAGAAAAACCUGAUCCACCCCAACCUGCGUUCCACUGUGUACUGUAACGCCAUCGCAGCAGGUGGCGCUAAAGAGUGGGAGUUUGCUUGGUCCCAGUUUAAGGACGCCACCAUUGCUAGUGAAGCUGACAAACUCCGUUCUGCCCUGGCCUGCACGAAGCAACCAUGGCUGCUUAACAGGUACCUGGAGUACACUUUGGAUCCAAAUAUGAUCCGAAAGCAGGAUGCCACCUCCACCAUUGUCUACAUUGCCAACAAUGUGGUUGGUCAGUCUCUAGCGUGGGACUUUAUCAGGGCUCAAUGGUCACACAUUUUCACUCAGUAUGGUGGUGGAUCAUUCUCCUUCUCCAACCUCAUCAAUGGAGUCACCAAGCGAUUUUCCACUGAAUUUGAGCUUCAACAGCUGAAGCAGUUCAAGACAGAUAAUGCGGAGAUCGGUUUCGGCUCUGGGUCCCUGGCAGUGGAUCAGUCCAUUGAGAGAACCAUCGCCAACAUAAAAUGGAUCGCAGAGAAUAAGCAGAAUGUUCUGGACUGGUUCAAGGCUGCAGCAAAAUCCUAAUGAUGCCUUGUGCUGUACUUACUUGUACUUAAUGUAAUUUAAAAAUGUAUGGUUCUGAACAUUUUUUUACAUAAUAUGAUCAUCCUUAAAAUAAAUAUGGAUCCACA